GAGGCUGAUCUUUUUCUGAAAACGUGGGUACAAGUUUGGGGGGAAGAAGUGGAAAGGGGCUUCGAGAAAGAUCAUGGAAGAGAAUGGUGAGGACGUGAGUUCACUGGCGGCCUACAUUUCAACGGAUGGUAGCUACACAGAGACCGUGCCAGUGCCGAAUCAUGGCACAAUGACGCCUUCUUCCCAGGGGUCUUCCUCCGCUACCAAAUCAAGGCGCCAACCAGUUUGGACCGACGAGGAAACGCGGGCCUUCAUCCAGGUGUGGGGUGAUGAUGCUGUGCAAGGUGCUCUGGCUUCAAAUUACCGCACAGUCGCACAGUUUCAGUGGAUAGCUGACGAGAUGCGAGCCCGGGGAUACAACAGGGACUGGGAGCAGUGUCGCGAACGUGCAAAGGUGCUUCGACGCGGUUUCAAAGAGAUAGUGGAUGGGAACAGCAAUGCUGGUCACGGGCGCCGAGUGUGGCCAUAUUUUGAAGAACUUAAUCGCUUUCUUUGCAUCAAGCAAAAUCUGGUCGUUCCACGGCUUUCAGGGAGCAACGCAAGGCCACCCGUUGACCGCCGGCGCCGGGAGCACAGGGAAACACAAGAUGCUGCCUACGAACCCCCAUUGUCUGUAGGAAAGAGUGACAAAGGGACUUUUGAAGAGCCAGACGGGGACUGUUUACUGUUGCCUGAAUCAGCUGGGUCGCAGCAGAGUGAAGCUAACAUGGAAAACCAAGCAGCAUCACCUGCAGCAAACUCUGAUAUAUCUAUGGAUGGUAGCGUUGGCCCUGGCACUCCCACCGAUCCUCUGCCGUCCAAUGACUCAAUCUCUGCACCAAACCUGCGCCCUCGACCACUGACUGCCGCAGAGAGAAUGCGCAAUCUCCGUUGCAGGCAGAGAAAGAGGAGGGGGGAUACCUUGAAGGAGCUGAUGGAAGUCACUUCCCAGGCCACCAGCGAACUCGUCCGGACACUGUCCGACCUCACUCACAAAGAGGUGGCUUCCUUUGAGCGUGCUUACAAGGAGGACCUUUCGGCGCGCAAAGACGAGAUGGAGCAGAGCGCCGAGGACAUUGGGAGGCUGGUGAGCGCUCUGGAAUCGAGCGAUCAAACUCUGAAGGAGCAGCUGAGUAGCCAGACGAGCGUACUGCAGGGCAUCCUGGAAGUCAUGAAAGACAUACGGGGCAGAACUUCUUACAGUCCUCCAUACCCUUCACAGUAUUAUGAUUUCUCAGGCCCGAGCAUGGUGCAUACAGCUGGCACAUCCUCGAACGGUCAGGAGAUGCCGUGCCCUUCCCCCUCCAGCCUUGCAUUCCCUUCCCAGCAGUCUGCUACCAGCAAUGGAGAUGUCUCUCCCAGGAAGCGAAUGAAAUGAAAGUUCUGAAACUGAGAGGCAUUCUGUACCGCUUAUUUAGUAUCCUUGUUGAAAUCCAUCCCUCCAGCUAUCGUUUGUUCUCAUUAUGACAUAUAUAUUGCUUUUUUCUUACCGCCUUUCUUAUUGCAUAGUUAGGGUGUGUUUUCACCA